GAUGAGCAUUUGCAUUCGGAUCACGAAAUUCGAUUGACUCCACGUCACGCGAGUCGAUUCGCGUUCUGUGCACGAGCACUUGCUCAAAUCUAUCAUCUGAGAAUCACGAACUGCUUCGCCACUAAACGUGAUCUCUUCUACGAGCAAAAAAGUUUAUUCGGUAUUCAGCGCAACCUAGAUGUCAGUAUAACGGCCGUAUGUCGUUUGCUGUCCACAAGUCGAAUGUCACAAAACGUUGAAAGGACGGCAUCAGUAAGUGCAUUGGACGUUGGCUGGUUAUUGUUUCAGGGUAAAGGUUAUCCGGAUAUAUCGACGAGACGAUUUUUGAAACAUUUGACGAGUCUCUAUGAACUUCCUCUAUUUGGUUUAAUGGAUAAUGAUCCGCAUGGAAUCGAAAUCGCGAUGACUUAUAAAUAUGGUGGACGAAAGAAUAGCGUUGAAGUUGGUGAAUUAUCACUGCCGAAUUUCACUUGGAUUGGACUUUCGCGUGCUGAAAUUGAAAGAUAUCCAGUGCCAACUGAACAGUUUUUACCGUUACAAAAAGCUGAGCUCAGAAAAACGAAUAAACUCUGNGAGUUCACUAAAAUACUUUCAAAAGAUCCACUUUACAGAUAUCCAGUGCCAACUGAACAGUUUUUACCACUGCAAAAAGCUGAGCUCAGGAAAACGAAUAAACUCUGUCAGAGGGCCGCCAUACUUCACGAUUGGGUGCUGCUCGAUGAGUUGAACUGUCUACGAAAGAGUGGAACAAAGCUAGAGUUGGAAGCAGUAAGCGGCAUAGCACCAGGCUUCAUGUGCAACGCUCUGUUGGCUGAUAAACUGCAUCAGUUCAGAAAUGAAAUUCAUUGA